GUGCUAGGCGUCAUGCGCGCACCGCACAAUGGAUGCGAAAGCACUGGAGCUAGUCGGUCCACGACAACUACCCCUUGGUGCGGGAGUGCAUGCAGCGCGAUUUGUUCCAGCUGCUGUACUCUCGGUUCCUCCACUGCUCGGACCCCAACGCCCCUCCGCGGCAACUACCGACCGGAGAGGACAACCCGGAGUACGACUCGAAGUGGCAUAUCAGGGACCUGGAGAAGAUCCUUAACCGCGCGUGGUCCGAAAACGUUGACUUGGGUCAUGGUUGUGCUACGACGAACAAAUGGUGAAGACAGUCAGCACGUUUUCGAAAGGACUCGCUCACUUCAACCCGGCGAAACCCAUCACACACGGGAUGAAGCAAUAUGCCGCGUCCGACAGGAACGGAUACUGCUUGAUCAACAGCAUCGACAGGAGCUUCAAAGGUGAUCCCUCCCUUAGACCCUUGGAGGAUUGCCCCCUUGGCAAAACCACGCGACACGUGCUUCACGUCCUGCUGGAGGAGUGCGAGACGCUGCGCGGGAGGCUUGUCGGUUCCGGCGUCUUCAUCGCAAUGGACAACUACUUCACCUCGCCCACCCUGUUCGCCUGCCUCGCGUCACACGACAUCUUCGCCGUGGGUACCUGUCGCAGCCCGCGGACGUGCGGCGCUCUCCCGUACAUGGAGAGCCUCGGGC